UCGAUUUCUGGUACAAGGUUCGCCGAUAGGGUGGAUUGUUUGCAUCAUGGGUCACUCACGUGUGAAAAAAUGAGAACGCCGCCUUCCCACCACACGCUGUGUAUUAAAACGAGUUUCCCUAUAGAGUCGGGACUUGUUCAUCGUCAACACUCCUUCAUCCUUCAAACUGGACAGGCACAGGUUUCACCGGAACUGUACAGCCCUUUCGGCUGUCAACAUUUUAAAAUUGGGGUUCGGUUCAAUAUGGCGGCAUACGGAUGGAAAUACUGAUGACAGUCCGAAAGAUUGCCUCGAUUUGUACGAUGGGCGCGAAUGCCUCUGCCUUAGAGAAGGAGAUUGGACCGGAACAGUUUCCCGUUAAUGAACACUACUUUGGAUUGGUUAACUUUGGCAACACCUGCUACUGUAACUCGGUGUUGCAGGCUCUCUACUUCUGCCGUCCGUUCAGAGAGAAGGUCCUGGCUUACAAGGUGCAGCCCCGCAGGAAGGAGUCCCUGCUCACCUGCCUGGCAGACCUGUUCAACAGCAUCGCCACGCAGAAGAAGAAGGUGGGGGUCAUCCCGCCCAAGAAGUUCAUCUCCAGACUAAGGAAGGAGAAUGAGCUGUUCGACAACUACAUGCAACAGGACGCCCACGAGUUCCUCAACUACCUCCUCAACACCAUCGCCGACCUGCUGCAGGAGGAGAAGAGCCAGGAGAGGCAGCAGAACGGGAAGCUGCUCCAGAACGGAGGGGGCGGAGGGAGCGGGGGAGGCCAGGGGGGAGGAGGGGAGGAGGGGGAGAAGACCCAGCAGACCUGGGUCCACGAGAUCUUCCAGGGGACGCUGACCAAUGAGACGCGCUGCCUCAACUGUGAAGCCGUAAGCAGUAAAGAUGAAGAUUUCCUGGACUUGUCUGUAGAUGUGGAACAGAACACCUCCAUCACACACUGUCUCAGAGGCUUCAGUAACACAGAGACGUUAUGUAGUGAGUACAAGUACUACUGUGAGCAGUGUCGAAGCAAGCAGGAAGCCCAGAAAAGGAUGCGUGUGAAGAAGCUGCCGAUGAUCCUUGCCCUCCACUUAAAGAGGUUCAAGUACAUGGACCAGCUCCACCGUUACACCAAGCUGUCCUAUCGCGUGGUGUUCCCCCUGGAGCUCCGCCUCUUCAACACGUCCGGCGACGCCCUCAACCCCGACCGCAUGUAUGACCUGGUGGCCGUGGUGGUGCACUGUGGCAGCGGUCCAAACAGAGGUCAUUACAUCACCAUAGUGAAGAGCCACGGAUUCUGGCUGCUCUUUGACGAUGACAUUGUAGAAAAAAUCGACGCGCAGGCGAUCGAGGAGUUCUACGGCUUGACGUCGGACAUCUCGAAGAACUCCGAGUCUGGCUACAUCCUGUUCUACCAGUCCAGGGACUGAACCGGCCAAUCAGAAAGCACCCAAACGGACCGUCACUCACUCCACACAGGGGGGAGGGGCUUGGGCUUACACACAUGCAGGCUCCGCCCCCACCACCCCUCCCCCUUUUUUUACGGAUUCAGGCUUUGCACUGGAGCUCCGAUCACUGAAGAUGUUUGGUUGGGGGGGGAGGAGGGGCGGAUGGGGGAGUUAAACAAUCAGGUGGACAUCAACACUGCGGGGAGUUCAUAUACCUCUUCAUCAUCUUUUUAUUCCCCCCCCCCCCCCCCAAGACUAAAGGACACACAACGCUAGCCCUCAGAUUGUUCUUUUUAUUAUUUUUUAUUAGCAACAAGAAUUAGUAUUGUGUCGCCAUCGGCAACGCCUGCGAAGGGGUGUCGUGACGUAGCAGGUGUCUGUGUCAUAUUCCCGUGCCACAGCAACAUGAACUGGGUCUGUGUCAACACAGCAAUAGAACAUGAACUGGGUCUGUGUCAACACAGCAAUAGAACAUGAACUGGGUCUGUGUCAACACAGCUUUUUUGCUGCUCAUUUUAUCCAGCUGUCUCAGUUUGCACUGACGGAUUCUAGUUUGUUUCUUUUCGCACAUUUGGAUAUGCACCCCCCCCCCCCCCCACGUUGAACUUAAAGCAGCAUUAACAAACACCUGUCACCACUCCUGUUCACACCUGCUACUCAAACCAAAUCACACUACGACUCCCCUGACUAUAGUGUGCUCUGUGGGGUCAUAGUGCACUACUUUCUUAAAGCAAACUUCUUGGCUUCAGUUUCCCAGACAUGGAUUAAGCCUUGUCCCAAACUGAGAGAAAUCUUUUUCGAAAAAAAAGUGUCUAGUCUACGACUAGUCUUCAUCCCUGUCUGGGAAACUGAACCCUAAAUUUAGAUUCUGUGGAUCACAGUGCACCAUUAAAUAAUGGAUGAUGUCACACCUGCGGUGUCCACCAGCUUACUACUUCCUGUCACCUGACUCCCACUGACCUAUCCAGAGCCUGAGGGAGGCGACCAUUUUAUUUAAGUUUUUUUUUUUUUUAUCUGUUAUUAACUUUAAUUUUUUUACUGAACGCACAAGUUUAACCAAAACGUGGGUUUACAUGACUUUUUAUGGGUUUAUGUGGUUCUUGUUUAUUGCUACACUGCCAGUUGGGUGCAUGUUUUCUCUCCUUCGCCAGAAUGGAUUGAGAACAGAAAAAAACGUUGUUGUGCUGUGAUUUUGUUGUAGUUUUGUUAGGAUGACCAGAAGGAGAGGAGGAUGAGGGCUGCAGACUUGACCAACCAACAUCAGUUAAACGUCAGUUGAACAUCAAUUAAGCGUCAGUUGAACAUCAGUUAAAGAAGUUAUCUCAGUCAUUGGAGCAGGGCCCUCCAAUCCCGCUGUGACCCCAGAUAUCUACCAAUGGGGAGGCAGGAGGGGCAGCAAAGGUCCAAUCGGAGCCAGGUUGGGGCGGACCCUCUAGGUUCCUAUUCAGAAUGUAUUAUUAUUCCUCUACAUCAGUGAUUCCAACCCUGCUCCUGGAGAGAUACCCUCCUGUAAGGUUACAGGGUGUUUGACAUCAAGCACACCCAAACCUCAGAAAACUGGAAGAUGUUAGUACGUGGUGUGGUCCAUGGACGGAGGAGAAAAAAGGGUUUUUAUUUAAAUAUAUUAAGUAAUAUUAUUAUUAAUGUUUUCUGUUAAUGAUUUCUUCCCCCCCCUCCCCCUUAGAUUUAACUUGAUUCAUAUAUAUUAUUUGACUAAUUUAGUCUACUGUUGUCAAGUAGGCAGCUCAGAGAAAAAAACGUUUUAAUUUUGUAUUUUUGGGUGGAAUAUUGAGUAUGGAUGUAUUAAUGCAGAGGAUCUUAUUGGAGUUGUAGAUGUUUGCUUGCUGGAAAUAAUCAGACAGUCAACACAGAGAGAUGAGCAAAGACACCAUUUGAGGGGGGGGUCAGUUUGAUUUGUGUCACUCUGUACAACGAGACCCAUGGUAAGAGUCUCUCAAGUGCAAAAACUCUGUCAAAUCAAACUCACCUGAAACACUUGCUGGUAUACCAGGUCUUAAUUCACAACACUUACCCGCAGCCAUCAAACCUGUGUUUAGAUCGUCAUGGAGAUGACUCAAAAUAAAUCGAUAGGGAUAGAUUUGGAUCUUUAUUUAGAUAAUCAUGAUCGGGAAGGGGGUGGGGGUGGGGGUGGGGGGGAUCACCAAUUAUAUUAUGCACUAUUUAGAGAAAAAUGUAUCAAUGUUUAUACCCGUCAGAAGUCAUUUGGUUUUUCCUCCCAAAGAGGAUGUUGGAAAGAAUGUGUGGAAUUGGGAUUUUUGUUGUUGUUGGGUUUGUUCCAUUUCGCUUUCUCUGUCAAUAGAACUUCACCUUAACCCCACUCAACACCGAGAACGUCUGUUGAACCGAACCGUAGCCGGAGAGGAGUGUAUAAGUUAUUGAAUAAUUGCAUUGGGUCAUUGAAGUGCACUUUCAAGAAGGAGGGAGGGGUGGGGGGGAGGGGGUGGGAUGGGAUGGGGGUGAAACAGACGGCAUUGUGGGUCCUGGAACUGGCUUCUCCUGGUCAUCAGGCUGCUUCUGGUCUACAGGCUGUACCUCUGAUUAAUAAAUAAGCAACUGGUUUGAA